AUGGGAUUUCAUCACUAUCUCCUCGUCAGCACUGCUGGUCUGCUGGCUUCUGUCAAUGCCACCAGCGUUCCCAGCUCUGAUCAAGGCUCGUCUGGCUCAACAUCAUCCUUGAUCGCCACUCAAUUCGGUACAGUAUUCGACACAUCUAUGGUGAUUGGAAAUCAGACAUUCCAGAUGCUGGUCGAUACUGGUAGCAGCGACACUUAUGCUAUGCGAGAUGGUUUUAAUUGCAUCAAUGCAACGAGUAACCUGGUCAUCCCCGAGGCAGAUUGUCUUUAUAAAAACAAAACCUACCAUAAUUCUCGAACUCAUCGCCACAUCCCUGGUCAAAUGUUCGGCAUCCAGUACGGAGCUGGACUUGCGAGUGGAGAAAUGGCAUACGAGGACAUCACUCUCAGCGGCAUCACCGUCAAAGGCCAGAAAAUUGGCAUUGCCAACGUUUCCAACCCGAUGGGCGACGGGGUGAACAGUGGUCUUCUUGGUCUGGCAUAUCCCUCACUUACUUCGGCACACCCGGCAAACCACUCUUCCAAUGAGACCUACUGGUUCGACAGGCUUCCAUAUAGUCCACUUUUGUACACAAUGCAUGAAAAGGGCCUCAUCAAUCCCUAUUUCAGCCUUGCACUGGCACAUACUCCCCAAAACGCAUCUACUGCCUUCGGCGGAUACCUGACCAUCGGUGGCCUCCCACCUGUCAAGCACAGCCCCGAAUUUACUACCGUUCCUGUGGAAAUCCUGAAGGACAUUCCCAAGAGCUUCACCUCUGGGAAAAGCGCUAAAUCCUACUGGGCAACUACAAUCAGUGAAGUGAAAUACGGUUCUUCCACCGCAGACCUGACCACAAACUCGACUUCUUUCCAAGUAUUCAUCGACUCCGGCAACGACAUUCAGUUUCUACCGUCCGCAGUAGUGGAACCCAUCAACGCCCUGUUUGAUCCGCCCGCGAAGUACAACUCGGAUUUUGGGGCUUAUGUCGUCGAUUGCUCUGCGAAGGCUCCGGAGUUUGGACUGACACUGGGCAAUCAGACAUUCUUCCACAGUGGCGAAGAUCUAAUCUAUCAGACCGGCGAGGGCUUUUGCAUCACUAGUAUCGCCUCGUCAGAGAGCGUUUCGCUUGCGGAGGGGAUAACACUGAAUAUCAUUGGGGUGCCCUUCCUCAAGAACGUCGUUGCUGUGCAUGACUUCGGAAAGAAUGAAAUGAGGUUUGCGAAAUUGUUAGAUUCUAACUCUACCACCUCGGGGAGUGCUCCGGCUGGAACCGAAACGCCUUCCUUUUCUCUGGGCUUGAAAUCUGUCAACGGGGUUUCUUGGGUGCAAAUUGCAAUGGCUUCGGUUGCAGCUCUAUUUGUUAUCUUUUAA